GUUUAAAAGUGGAAAGACGCAUUUACGCCAUUUUACGACAGUUUCGGUUACCGUACGAGAUAAGCCUUGUUUUGGAGCAACGUGGAGUUGUUUACUAUUUCUGACAGCCUUCUGGAGUAUAAAACAGAUGUAAUUCUGCCAACAAUUACCCACCCGUUGGAAUUUAGACGCUGUGCCUCAAAGAAGAAAUGGGGAAGCCAAAGAAAAAGAGUGAUCUCAGCCGGGCUGAGCUGAUGAUGAUGACCAUUGCUGAUGUUAUCAACCAGCUGGUUGAAGCCCAUGAAGAGGGCAAAGAUAUUAAUCUCAACAAAGUGAAGACUAAGACUUCAGCUAAAUAUGGACUUGAAUCACAGCCUCGAUUGGUGGACAUCAUCGCUGCGGUUCCACCACAGUACCGUCGGGCUCUGGUGCCAAAACUGAAGGCCAAACCCAUCCGCACUGCCAGUGGGAUUGCAGUGGUUGCUGUGAUGUGCAAACCGCAUCGAUGUCCACACAUCAGCUUCACAGGCAACAUCUGUGUCUACUGUCCUGGAGGACCAGACUCAGACUUUGAGUACUCCACACAGUCAUACACUGGAUAUGAGCCAACGUCCAUGAGAGCAAUCCGAGCCCGUUAUGACCCCUACCUCCAGACCAGACACCGGGUGGAGCAGCUGAAGCAGCUGGGACACAGCGUGGACAAGGUGGAGUUCAUCGUGAUGGGCGGGACCUUCAUGGCUCUGGCUGAGGAGUACAGGGACUACUUCAUCAGGAACCUGCACGACGCCCUAUCAGGACACACCUCCAACAGCGUGGCAGAGGCCGUCAGAUACUCGGAGCGCAGCAACACAAAGUGUGUGGGGAUCACCAUCGAGACGCGGCCCGACUACUGCCUGAAGCGACACCUCAGCGACAUGCUAAGCUACGGCUGUACCCGGCUGGAGAUCGGAGUGCAGAGUGUGUAUGAAGACGUGGCCCGAGACACCAACAGAGGCCACACGGUGCGAGCUGUAUGCGAGUCUUUUCAACUUUCAAAGGAUGCCGGCUUCAAAGUAGUCGCCCACAUGAUGCCAGAUCUGCCUAAUGUAGGCAUGGAGAGGGACGUGGAGCAGUUUAUUGAGUUUUUCGAGAAUCCAGCUUUCAGGCCCGACGGUUUGAAGCUGUACCCGACGCUGGUGAUCCGAGGAACAGGUCUGUAUGAGCUGUGGAAGACGGGUCGGUACAAGAGCUACAACCCCAGCGCUCUGGUGGACCUGGUGGCCCGGAUUCUGGCAUUAGUGCCACCCUGGACACGAGUCUACAGGGUGCAGAGGGACAUCCCCAUGCCGCUGGUGAGCUCCGGAGUGGAGCACGGAAACCUCAGAGAGCUGGCUCUGGCCCGGAUGAAAGACAUGGGCACUGAGUGUCGAGACGUGAGAACACGAGAGGUGGGCAUCCAGGAGAUCCACCACAAAGUUAGACCUUAUCAGGUGGAGCUGGUGCGGAGGGACUACGUGGCUAACGGCGGCUGGGAGACCUUCCUCUCCUACGAGGACCCAGAGCAGGACAUCCUGAUCGGCCUGCUGCGUCUACGCCGCUGCUCCCCGCAGUCCUUCCGUCCGGAGCUCAAAGGGGGCGUGUCCAUCGUCCGCGAGCUGCAUGUCUACGGCAGCGUCGUCCCCGUCAGCAGCCGGGACCCCAGCAAGUUCCAGCACCAGGGUUUUGGCAUGAUGCUGAUGGAAGAGGCAGAGAGAAUUUCCAGAGAGGAACAUGGCUCCAGCAAAUUGGCUGUUAUCUCAGGUGUAGGAACAAGGAACUACUACAGGAAGAUGGGCUAUGAAUUGGAGGGGCCGUACAUGGUAAAGGACCUGUAUGGACCUGGAAUGGACUGAACCUGUUUUUAUCUGGACUUUGGCUGCACACGCACAUACACACACAUUAUUGUAUUUAUCCACACAAUAGCCUCGGGACAUGUCUGCUGAUGUUUUUGGGGAAAGCAUCGGAGGAGAUAAUGGUUGCGGUUCUUCUUCGACCAGCUUUUUUUAUCUGGUACACACCGCUUUAUUUUAGAUAAGGAGACAGUGUGAGUGGGUGUAAGGAAUAAAUGUACCUGGGAGGAAGCAAGGACAUCUCCUGUACAAUUUCCAGUUUAACUUCUAACUUUAUUUACUGCUACUGUAAAAGAAAAGUGUGCUCUGAGUUGUUAAGCUUUCCACAUUUGCCUUGUCCAUGAACUCCUGUACUGAUUCAAUUUGACAAGAACAAGAGACCUUUUUUUAUUUACUCAGAUGUUAUACGUCUAUACUUGUUAUACGUCUGGGGGAGAAAAAUCUGAAUGUCUGGGUGUUCCUUAAAUAGUGUUUGUGUGUUCGUAGAGGAUUAGAAACCUGUUUAGCAUCACGCUUUGAGCUAAUCAUGUUUAUGUUGCAAUUAAACGAAAAGCCAUUAUGAGUCAAGCGUUCAUUAACAGUUGGCGGUGGAUGAAUAAAGAGCGGGAAGUGUCCUCGCCGGGCAGCCGUUGUGUAAUUGCAAGAUUUUGAUUUAUAAGGCAGGAAAUUGAAUAUUAGUGUUACAUAAAUUGCUUUUUAAAGCCCCACAGUUAA